CAUUCACACUGGAUGCGGCCAGACGUGACAUCAGUAUGAGGAACAAUCCCUUCCUUUUUUGGCUUUUAUUGUUCGCGGAUGGUGCAUUUGGUGCCGAUGUAAUGAAGUCAGUGUCAGUGAUGGUGGGAGAUUCUGUCACUUUAUACACUGAUGAUACUGAAACACAGGGAGCUCAGGAACUGGUGUGGAAGAUUCAAGGUGAAAAUAAAUUCAUAGCAGAGAUUGAUAAAGAAAUCAAUACACUCUCUGUACCUGGGAAUGAUGAAGAACCAUUCAAAGGCAGACUGAAGCUGGAUGGUCAGACUGGAUCUCUGACCAUCACAAACCUCAAAACCACAGACUCUAGAGUGUAUGAACUACAGAUCAAGACCAGCAGAGAGACCAAAUACAAGAUAUUCAAUGUCAUUGUCCGCGAUGAAGCAAAGACAGUAUCAGUGAAGGAAGGAGAAUCUGUCACUCUACGCACUGGUCUUAUUGAAAUAAAGGGAUAUGAUCGGAUAUUGUGGAAGUUUGAAGACCAUCUCAUGGGUGAAUUAAAUAAAGCGACCAACCAGUUAUCAUUGUAUAACAAUACUGAUGUGAGAUUCAAAGGCAGACUGCAGUUAAAUGAAAACACCGGAUCUCUCACCAUCAGUAACUCCAAAACCACAGACUCUGGAGUUUAUCAUCUAAACAUGAGCAGCAGCUCACACUUCUUACAGAGGACCAUGACUGUUACUGUUAGUGAUCCAGGUCAUUACACAAGUAAUGAAGCACUGAAGUGGGGGUUUGGAAUCUUGGUGCUGGUGGUUGUUGUUGUUGUUGUAAUAGUAGUUCUGAUUUACUGUUGUCGCAAGAAAUCUAAACCUGGACAACAAAAUAAUGUCAGUGGAGAUCAAGGGAAUGAAACAGACAAACCGUUGCAUAACGAGGAGGACUAGGAGCAACA